GGUUGGCAGUCAAACAAUUCGAUGUUUUGAACGCGAGGGCCAACAACCUCCGGCGAUUCCAAAUCAUCUGUUUCGUUUUCGGUGUUACGUCGAGUGUGACUGUUUCGUGUGUUUUUUGAAUUACCAGCUCUGUGAAACUGUUUUAGCGUCGUUCGCUGUUUGUUUGCGUGUAAUGCUACGCAGCUUACGAUGAGUUGAAUUUACUUUUCUAUUGCCAGAGUGAUGAAUUACAGUGAUUACUGAUACUGUUUGGAUUAAACUUUGUUGGAUAUCUAUCGAAGCUGUGUGAAUGUGGAAUGAGGGCGGUGAGCCAGUGGGCCCCGGCAUGGACUGCCUGCAGCUGCGCCAACCGGCCGGGCCGUUCCACUACCUCAUCAGCGAGCAGGCCAAGUCCUUGGUGGCCCUGCAGGAGCUUCAGCAUGAGGUCGGAGCUCUCCUCGAGUUUCGCGAUCUCGUCAUGGAGACGUUCCCCAACCUGCGCAGUAAACUGGCCACCUCCAAUCCCUCGACGAUGACGUCGCAUCACCACCACAGCUCCAACAUACCCGUUUCCAUAAGGCCUGGCGACUGGACCCCUGGAGUGAGGGUUAGGAAGAAGUUGGGCAGCAAGGACGAAACGAGAAGUAGUAAGAAAAGCGGUGAUACGGCUAUUCAGGACUCCGGUUUUAGCACGGAGACGUCGAGUAAGGAGACGCACAGCGCUUCGUCCACGGCACCUCCACCUUCCACAGCUGCAGGAGCAGCAGAAACUGACGAGGUGGAAGACGAAUUGUGGAACCUAUUAGACAUAAUCCAUCGAAAGGGUACGCGAUUAAAAGAUGAAGCCGAGGCACUACAAGGAACCAUCCGCGAACAAGGCACCAUGCGGCAAGAAGGCAAUUUCCAAAGGAUACUCUUCCAUUCCUCCGCCGAUGACGUUCGGCAGCUUCGUCAGGAGCGCGACCUACUUCUCGACAGGCUGGCUGAGAUGGAAGCAGAGGUUCUCGCUGGAAGAGUGCACACUUCCAGGUUACAGGAAGACCUGGAGAAUCUUCUCUCCACCAAGCACGACUUGGAGGAACAACUCAAGGCGGUUGUGACGCAGAGAGGUGAAGUGAAUUCUCGCAUCCAUGACCUACACCUGCAAUUUGUGACUAAAAGUGUCUCGCCGGACGGUGAAAAAGUAAAGUUAUUAAGUGAUAGUAAAGAUUCGGUAACUAGUCAACGGACAAACAGUAGGAGGAAUAGUAAAAGUGAACUAGACAAAGUGCUCGGUGAUAAAUUACCUAAAGUUAAAGUGCCCGAUAGUAAAAAAUUUGCCGCCAUAUUGAAAGAACACGAUCCCUUGGUGCUACAGAGACAUCUGUUGUCGUCGACUGUGCAAAAUCAGGUUCUCCAAGACAAACUUGAUACAGCAGCAGACCUAGAAGUUGGUCUUAGGGACAAAUUAAAUAAGUUUCGAGAAGAAAAUGAGGAUCUCAGGUUUCAGCUGGAAGACAAAAACAUAGAACUAGAGGGCACCCGCGCCAGGGUCCGGCUGUUAGAAGACCUGCAGAAGCCUCUGAACAAGAGCGGCUCGCCAGACGUCAUCCCCACCUCAGAGUCGACCCCGCCGGAUCACCCGAUCUCGCGGACGGAGGUCUCAACCGCCAGCAUGAAGGCUAUGAGUCCGUUGCCCUUAAAUUUGCAAAUGGACCACUCCAGCAGCACCGAGUCUGCCCACGACCAGGCGGAGAGCACCAGAAAGUCUACGGACAGCGGUAAGAGGAGGCCCAGUAAGAUCCCGUUGAAGAGCUACACGGCUCCCAAACCACCUGGAGGUAAACACAGCCCUGCACCCGGCACACGUAGUCGUAGCGGCGAAUCACCCGGUAGACCGCACUCUGCACAGUCCUGGAGAAACAAGAGCGAAGGCAACAGCCUCACCGGCGGCAAGGCCGGCAACUCCUCGCUGCCCAAGUCGAGGAACAGCUCCCUGGUCUCGGCCAGGGACUCGCUGUCCAGCAAGCUGCGCAGCACCGACUCCUUGCUGAAGCUGUCGCCGCCCGGCAACGCCAGCUUCGGGAGUGGGCGGGGUACCCUGAAGAAGGGCAGCGCGCCGACCAAGUGGAGCAGUCAAAGGGACACCAGCGAAAAGAUACCAAACUCAAACUCAGCAAAAGAAAAAUCUCAGUAUCCAUGGAUUCUCUCUUCAUAUAACAGUGACCCGGAAUUGAACUACCCGGACUCUUUGGACAGAAACGAAAACGACUCCGUUCAACAUACAGUCACUGAAAACUCGGGGAGUCACCGUUUCCAAACCGCCAACACCUUUCUUUGGAAUGCUGGCGGUACUCUUAAUAAUGAAUUUUAUGACAGUAUUGAUUCUAAUAUGGCUUCCAGCUUGUACCAUCCCAAUGGCGAGGAACUCGCUGAAUGUGACUCUUUAGAAAGACAUUUAUCUGAUAUUUCUGAUAAGAAGUAAGUUUUGAUUUAUUCGUUUGAAGUUUCCAUUAUAUUUUUUUUAUUGAUUUGACCAUUUUUUAAAUUUACAUUUCAUUCUUUUACUGCAAGUUCCCUACAAGUUCCUAAAACAAUAUUAACGGAGUUACAUGACCCCAAAGGUUUUUUUUAUUAAUAUUAAUAUUUAGAUCUUUACAAUUUUGAGGAUUUUUUUUUUCUUGUACGUGCAAUUUGUUACCAAUAACAAGUGUACCAAAUUAGAAGAAAAUUAGUCUAAAUAAAAAAGCUAUGCCCAAAUAUUAAUUGAAAGGAAAUAACUUUAAGGUGCCGUUUAUAUUGAACUUUCGAUAAAAGUUAAAAGAACUUGUAGUGUUAUUUUAGACGAAUUUCGAUACCCUAUAUAUUAUUCUCUUUGCGUUUAUUAAUGAUUUUAGCAAUUCUUUUUGAUAAGAAUAUAUUUUAUAAUUUCUUCCAUAUUUUUCUGUAUUCGCCUUGAACUCUGCAUUCAAGGAAAAAAACCUGUAAGAAUAAUAGUUCUAAGAAACUAUUUAAAUUUUUUAAUACCUACGUUGCAAAAGCAAUUAAAUAUAUCAUAUUACUAAUAACAAGAGUACUUAUAUAAGCUUGACAUAUUUUUUUAGACCUAUAUUUCUGUAACCCAAUGCCCAAUUAUUAUCCCAACUCAGGUAUUAAAGAAUAUGGAAAGUUUCAUACUUUAAUCUUUACACUUUUUUGACAUGUCGAAAUAUAAUCGUGUCUAUUUAUGAUGGACAUGUUUUUACCUUAUAAUUAAAAAAUGAAGGAAUAUGUUUGAUAGAAAAAUGGUCGAAUUCCACCUCCCUUGAAGUUUGAUACUGUAAUUUUACAGUUUGCUAUAAUUUAAUAAAAAUUGCCUUUAAGAAAAUUGAAUACUUAUAUUGAUUUUACUGACCUCUUUCUUUUAUCAUAGAAAUGCAUUUUUAAAUAUACGCGAUUCGGCAUAUUAUUUUUUAAUAUUAUAUAAUUUUUCAAAACUUGAUAAUUAAAUUAAUUACUUAAUACAAGUUGUGUGUUUUAAUUUUAUUUCUCUGUAAUUAUUGUUUUAGUUGCCGUGCAAUAUUGAUUACAUCUCCAAAUUUUAGCCUAUUUCAUGUUGCUAAACAUAUUAUAUUCAUACAUUAUUGGCAAUAUUACCACCACUUAAAAUGUAGAUUUUACUUACUUAAUUUAAAUGGUCAAAAAUUAAAAUGUAUCACAUCAUUGAUUAGCCAGUCAUCUAUAUAAAUUUGAAGUCUUACAUUUGCUAAUAUGGCUAAUGUACUAAAAAAAUAAUUAGUUUGAUGACAUAUUAAAAAACUUGGUUGUGCAAUUUAUAGGCGUAAAUAAAAAUUUGUUUUUGUUUAAAAAAUUUGUGUUACAAAAUAAAAAAAUUUUUACUUGAUUUAAUGUAGCCACGAUAUAAAAUUGAGAGUAGCUACUAUUAUCAUCUUGUUCUUAAAUGCAAUUUUUACAAAACAUUCCAAACACCUUUUGGAAAACUGUAGCAUCACAGUUGAAGCUCAAGUACGUUAUUCAAGAGUAAAUUUGACCCCAUUCAAAUUUUGUAUUACUUGAAAAACGUUCUUGAAAAAUAAUGAACUGAAUUUCAUUGUUUAUUGUAUUAUUUUGUAUAUUUACGUAGUGUAUUUGAGAAAAUAAAUGCACCAAGUAUUUUUAU